CCACGCUUCUGUUCCUGUACUUGACAGCUCUUCAGUCGUUUUCCCGACCCCACGAUAUUGGUUUCAAACCCUACAGACCCACGGUCGUCUUAACGGUGUGCGCAGAGAAUGACAUUUGGAGAACUGAGGGUACACGCGCAGGUUUUCUGACACCCAGACUACGGGGAUAUGUGAGGAUUGACAUACACUUUACCACAUUGUCGACUCAAAAAUGGAGGAAGUUUUCUGAUACAAUCAUUGCUCGGUUCGAGAAUCGUCUACAGCAAAGUUUCUUUGGAGAGAGGACGAAAAGGCCGUAUCACAGUGCUUCGCUUGGUGCGUCCAACUUUGGAAUUAUGUCCGUUUAUGAAAACUGCGCAUGCGAAAAAAAUUUACGGACAUGGAAAUGUCACAUAUUUUACAAUGUUUUUGCAGUAGUUGAGCGUCUUUGAGAGACAUUUUUGGAUAGGAGCUCUGAUAUAUAUCUUCAUGGGAAAAUACAAAGGGAUUUCUUUGCGGAAGGAAAUUAACCGACAAAAUGAGUUCAGGUAAUAGCUUGUCCAUUACAGCUCUGGAAUGAAACUCGAAACGAAAAACCUGGUCGAGUAUCACAUUUAAUAAAUGCUUCCUCACAAACGCUUUGAUUGAAUUCUGAGGCGACCUCUCCAGUCACCUUCAGGCUUUGCAGCCCGUUAUUGGUAAUACAAUCUUCGGUGGCAUUGCGAGGAGAUGUUAGAGAGGGGGUGAUGCAUUUGGGUCGUGAGGGAAAGAGGGAGGAGAGACAGACGGCUUAAGAAAACAAGCCGUGGUGGCGUGCGAUGUGGUGUGAAAUAAACUUCGGGGCUGUCAGUAAGAGUGAGAUGGAUACGGGUUUGGAGAAAGUGCGUCACAGCCCGUAACUGAGCGUCUAUCGAACAAGAAUUAUCAUUCUUUUUCUUGCAAACAAUUGCCGGCAGAUUCGUCGUCGUCUAUCGCCGUCGAUGGCUGAGAAGAGUGGCAGCGUCGUUCAUGUUUGAAUUUUUGCCCUGGCCUGGCACCUAAUGGAUCGAUCCUGGACUUGGAAUGGGGUCUAGAUGUUGAUUUUGGUGUUAUCUUAGAUGUGGAACUUUUGUAGCCUUAUCGGCGCGCAGCAACGAUGUGCACCAGCGUUGUCUUCGAGUUUUUAGGAUUCAUUUUUCGACUACAACUUCAGAGGAAUGUAAGCCAAAAUUGGUUCUUCUACCUUCACUUGGCGUCACAGCCAGAAUUGGUUUGCUGCACGGCACACUUCUACAAUGCUACAUGAGGUAUUCUGCUUCUGAUAUCUGCAUGUGGAAUUGAAGUUUACCUUGCUGAUGCAGCAACCAGUAAUAAUUAACGUGGCUGGAACAGUAGCCGGAACUCAUCGUUUUAAACGGCCCAUAAAACGAACAAGUCCUAUUCAAUUUCACCGAGGAGGUUUAAAAAUUUUAUUCGCGUUGUCAAAUGCAAAAGCAGCGAGACAGCGUCACUGUCGGUCGCUCUAGUCUGGAGCAGACUGAAGUCUCGAUUAAUUCGUUUCGGCAAUCCAGGCUCUUUCUUUGGAAACGGGAAAUAAAAAGAUUUUUCACCAUGGUGCCGUGCCCGUGGAAAUUAAGCAGAGAAGGUGGCCUGUGGUGGACUGUCUGGAUGUGUGCGGUGCUGAUGCUUCUUGGGAAAGAAGUGGUCUACGCAGACACCAGACCUCUAGUAAAAGAGAUACUGACAGAUUACAACCGGCUGGUCCGCCCAGUUAUCAACGAGUCAGUCACGGUGACAGUUUAUCACGAAAUUGUACCUGUCAAUGUCAUCUCAUUCGAUGAGGUGAAACAGCAGCUAGCAGUUAAUGUUUGGUUAAGAAUGAGCUGGCUAGACGAAUUUCUCACGUGGGAUCCAGAGAAGUUCAACGGAACAGCAGUGGUGCGGAUACCAGCGAAUAUGCUGUGGAAACCUGACAUAGUCCUCUACCAGAGUGUAGAUCAGAACCCACUUAGUGGGGACCUUGGUCUUUCGUGUGUCGUCCAUUCAAACGGGGACGUGCACUUUAACACCCCUUACAUCUUCAUCAGCUACUGCAAGGUGGACCUGACCUAUUAUCCCUUCGACACCCAGAGGUGCCCGCUGAAAUUCGGCUCGUGGUCCUUUGACGAGACGGGCGUGGACAUUGUACUCUCCCGGCCUGAGCCGGAGCUGGCCAACUACCAGCCUAACGGUGAGUGGGACCUGCUGGACAUGACGGUGGCCAGCCACAAGAUCAAGUACUCCUGUUGCAAGCACAAGUUCCCCGAUGUGGAGUACACCUUGGUCAUUGAACGCAAGCCCGAGUUCUACGUGGCCAAUAUCAUCCUACCCUACGUCCUCAUCUCCAUCCUGUCCAUCUUUGUCUUCUACCUACCCCCGGAAUCAGGCGAGAAGAUGAACCUUUCCAUCACCACUAUGCUGUCGCUGAUUGUCUUCAAUGAGUUGGUUAUUACCACCAUACCACCAGCCUCGGAUGGAACAUUUCCUAUCAUUGGGAAAUACUUCGUUGUCAUGAUUGCUGUGGUUGGUAUGUCCGUCCUUAUGUCAGUUUGGGUGCUUCAUCUUUACCACAAGGAGCAAAACAGCGUACCCAUGCCGCCUUUUCUCCGCCAGCUCAUCUUCGGCUGGCUGGCCAGGGCUGUUGGUAAGUGCAAGUACCGCUCCCACCUCACCAAGAACAAGGUAAAGGACAAGUACUACACUCGCCACCUCAACAAGCGCAAGUACCACGGCCAGGACAACGGGCUACUCACCAAAGUGCGCUGCUUCCCCAAGUACCUGGGUAACGACAGCGCCACCUCGGUCAAGGAAAACCUGAGCGACGAUUUCACGAACGGCAGCGAGGAGAUGACCCUGGAGGGCACUGUAGAGAUGAUCGAACUGGGCAGCGACCACAAGCCCAGCCGGGUCACUGUGCGGCUUGAACGGGAGGUCAGUGAGCUGGCUCGCUGCGUGGACUACCUGACCGAUCGGAAAAGGACCAAAGACACCGACGAGGAUUUUGCCCGUGAGUGGCGGGACGCGGCCGCUGUGGUGGACCGGGCCCUUCUUAUCGUCUUCACACUCGUCAACAUUACAUUGCCUCUUUUUUUCCUUCUCUCCGCCACUGGCAGAUUUCGAUUUGAUGAAUGAUUUGUCGUUUUUUGGCUCACUUAAAAACCGUGUGAAUAUUUUCUGGAUAAUUGUGAAGAAACUCAAAACAAAUGUUAAUCUCUGCCGAAUCAGAAAUGUGGAAAAUAACACAACAUUUCCUCCGGAUUAGUGUAUUGGUAAUAUAGAUGGCAGUUAGCGGUAUCAGUGUUAUCUCUACACAGUAAUAUUUCUUGAUUAAAGGAAUUGCUGAUAAGAGUUUUCAAAACAAAUUAAGAAUGGACGGGAACAACUCCAAGUCUUGAGACUGAAAAUAAUACGGUCAAUUAAAAAUUGAACCGGUUGAUCGUCACUGAGGAGAGAAGCAAUGCAUCUUACAAGUUAUACCCUGCCAUCGAAGUGACUUUUUGUUUUGCCCAAAAUGCCAUCGGAUUGCCGUGUGAAAUUACAUAUAUUUAGCAACUAUUCCUUUUUCGAUAAAGCGAGGAUAAACCACGGUUAUUCCUUGGCAAAAUGGCAUUAUCUCUGGAGACGGCGACGCGGAUUUUCAACUAGAACAUCAAUCUCUUUAGAUGAUGACAUUGUGCGGAGGAUAUCUUGCACUGAUCUGUCAAUGAAAAUGCGGUUGCUUGAUAACCAUUCGUUCGAAGGAAGAGCCACGGCUGUCCACACUCCGGAGAUGGUGGAUUAUCCCUUGGCGAUCAAGUUUCACGUCCUUCUGCCAGAUGGAUUUUGUGUUUGUCAGCUAACUUCAUCCACAGUUUAGCCUAAGCGUCAUGAGGAGAUGCAGGAUGACGUAGCGCGCGGUUGUGAGCCUAACUUAACCCAUGCAGACGUGACGAGAGAAGAUUUGAGGAUUAACUUUGUAAGUGCGCGAAAACAAAGUCUUCACCUUGAAGAAACAUUCAGCCUUGUUCUGGAUGCUGGGUAAAAUUUCAAAACAAAAAAGGAAGCUCUGGAAAAGCAAUCAUCUUCAUUACCACUUUCAAAUGGAACAACGCAUACGUAAACAGAAGCAAAAAGAAGUUAAAAUUUUUAAUCAUUUUCUGAUGCCAAGAGAAUAUCUGAAUCUUUCAAUGUAAAUAUCGAUUCUUAGCUUACUACAUGUUUUUGUCCAGUGCUUAUCAUAAAUCUACGAAGUUUACUUGUUUUAAAGUAGAAAAAAUAAUAUCUGACUGGUCCAGUAUUAAGGAACGUUCUGUCAUGGGAGUUGUUGCAUGUAUCAUUUUAUAGUAAAGACAGAUUUUUUCAUCGCGAUUUUGUUUUGAACACGUAGUUGAGGGGAUGUGGGCUUCUUUGUGUGUUCAGAGCAAACAACUCUUGAGAUGUUCAGAGGGUGAAAACGUGAUGGACAGAAACAAAACAUGGAGUAAGAAGAGAGACGUGGGGAAUGGAUGACACGAAAAUAAAGAGACAUUUUUAAGAGUAGAGAUGAGCGCUUUUGUUGUUACUGUUUGCGCAACUGUGUGUUGCCUCAAAUCUCAAAGGCCUUUUUUUGUUACGCAACGAUAGAUAUGAAGAUCCUUUUUAUUCGUUGUUAGCGACUGAAAACAAGUUCUCAUAUUGCCAUCGUUGGAAAGGUCGGCAGUAAAUGCGGUCUCCUUGCUUUUCAUGCACAUUGGCAUGAGUACAUGCAGUCUACUCACUUUCCCUGUUUGCGUCGCUUUGAUUCGAAACAUGUUUUCAUCCUGUCUUCUGAGUUGAACCACCUCUUACAAUUUGGAGUCGGAGUUCAGGCGGCUAUCUUCUCCAAAUUUGCCCAUCACUGCCCAUAGGGUAAGCAGACUCCAAGGAGUAUAAGUUAUUUUAAAUUGAGAGCCUGGGUCUUUCUUUGCAGGUUUUUGGUUGUCAAUAUUGCUCCCUUCUCCCCCUUUUCCAAUUAUUGUUUUGAUUCGUUAAUGUGUUUUAACGGAAGAAUGAGUCAGCAGAUGGUAAAAAUGUGUCAGAAAUAGGAGAGGAUAAAGUUUAAAUGCGGGAGAUAUUCCUCGCGGGCCCUGAAAGGUGAUUGCUGUUGACGCUCACCCAUACCCGAACCGGUGACGUCGGAAUUGUGUUUAGACAUAUUGCUUGAUAGGGGGAAAGAUGAAGAAUGUCACAAGACUCCACGCGGAACUCGUUCCCAGCGGGAGCAGCGCAUUUCAUGUAUCAAUUUCAAGAGUCUCGAACUCUGGACGAGGGGGAGAGAGGCAUGGAUGAGAUGAGGGAGAAAUUUGAAGCUGGAGAGUGGAUGUGAACAUGAGUGCUCGGAACCCGCAUGAGAUUUGCUAUCAGUCGACUCCGCCGUCAACAGCUGUUCUGAAUUGUGGAGAGACAAUCUGGAGUGGUUCGCAGGGACUGAACGCCACACGACUUCCAUGUAUCACCUCCUGGUGGCGCGGGAUUUCAGCAUGGUUAUUGCUGCGUUCUAAUAUCUCCAUUCCCCACGGCCGACCUUUAUUCAAGAUGGCCUAAUUAAAAUCGCAGGGAAGGUGGGAGGAUGGUUGUCAAACUUCCAAAGGGGAAUGCGCUGAUUUGUUUCCAUAAGAGCGAACUGCUAGGGGAUGAGACAUGAGGAAGAUCUGAUUUCGAGUUUUGAUUCGAACGAGAUAUUCAGCAACCGCGUGCGUAGCUCCUUUCGAAAUCAUUCCACGUCACUUGGUGCAAUACUAGAAUAAGGGACGGUUUUGUAAAUAUCACAUUUACAAUCAAUUUAAUGAGGUUUAUCUCAAAGGGAAUUAACCUAUACAAUCAAAACCUGAACAAAAAACUACAAAAUGUAUCUUGUCAGUAAUUUCAUAAAGGGAGUAGUGUAGUCUGAGGAACUCCAGGGGCAUUAUUGGACGAUUUUAUGAGUUGAACAAAGCUUUUCGUUUCUUAUAGUGCCCAGUUAACUUUGUUUAAACUUUUGGAUUUAAAAUAAAAUUGUCUGAGUGCAUAAUUGGAAUGUAUUCAAGCAGACAGGGAUGAUACCAAUGACAGAUUGGUUUCUUAAUUAAGGGAGAGUAUACGAAGAUCGCAUCCGUUUCCAAGACACAUAGGGCCAUCAAAAUGUGAGGUGAGCAAACAAGCUGGUGUCUGUGACGCGUACCUCUUCACCUUAUGAUUCAUGUUUCCUGGGGGAGACAUACAUUAUUCCUCCUCACCAGGGUAUGAUGAGUGUACAUUUUGUACACAUUCCAUGUGGUUUGGUUGAAAGUUAAAAGCGCUUGAAAAUUAGCAAUUUUACGCAUGGUCAGCACCAUCUGCAAACAGCUCCUCGCACGUGGACACUACUUCUUCAUGCUUGGGAUUCAAAGCAGUAGACACCACUAUAGGUGACGCAAAACUGUUGUUGGAUUUGCCAUGGAAAUGAACGUUACUUAAUAAUACGUACGGAGAUUUGAAACGGCUAUUAUAAUUUUAAGAAGAGAAAGGACCAGCGCAGGAUCAAAGACUUGUGUGGGUCGAAGCAAACCUGAUUAAGGCAGGAGGGCCCCGAUUAGCGUUCGGAGGGAGAAUAGGUACGGGCAUAUCUUUCUUGAAUAAUCACAUCAUGCAUUCUUACUGACACCCCUCUCUCUCUCUCUCUCUCUCUCUCUCUCUCGGUGACUUCUAGCCCCGUGUUAAUUCUUUGGGGUUUUGAUUCUGUUGCUUGGUAUUCCCUGUACGCUUUGGCGUUGUCACUCACUAAGAUUAGUACGGAAGCGUAUUGCUGCCAAUGCGAAAAACUUAGUUAAAGGAGAUAACUAUGUCAUUUAAAGGAGAAAACUAUGACGUUUAAAAGAGAUACUAGGUCGUUUAAAGGAGAUAACUAUAACGUUUAAAGGAGAUAAUUAUGACGUUUAAAGGAGAUAAUUAUGACGUUUAAAGGAGAUAACUGUGCCGUUUUAAUGAGAUAACUAUGUCAUUUAAAGGAAAUAACUAUGUCAUUUAAGGAGAUAUCUAUGUCGUUUAAACGAGAUAAUAAGUCGUUAAACGAGAUAAAAUAUGUUUUUCGCGUUGGCAACAAUACUCUUCCGUAGAUUAGUCCAGCUACCCAUGGCGAAAAUUUCUGAGGCAAGCCGAAGGAAGCAAGUGAUUUCUUUUUUCUUUUUUCUUUUUUUUUUUGGGUCUCUGUUGAGAAAGCCCUAUGAGUGAUAAAUGGGGAAGACGGUGUGUGACGUGCGACAUUGAAGUCAAAGAUAUUUCGUGAUGUGGCGCGUGUCUUUGCUCAUGGUCAUGCUUGGGAGGAAUAGCUAGGUGUAAAGUGCAAUGAUCGUGGAAUGGUGUUUGUGGGUUUUUUAUUUCGAUGGUGUUUUUUACCUGAUGUAGUGGCGUGGUUCGGGUGAGAAUUCAUGACGUUCAUGAUGUCCGAGGGUUUUUCUUUGAGUUUGUUAUGAUGGCAGCGGCUGUUGUAGAGUGGAGUGGUGACAGGGCAAAGAUGUAGUGGUAGGGUGGUUGUUGGGUAGUACGUGUUAUAGUGUGAUGCAGCUGCUUUCCGGUUACGACAGUAAUGGUAGAACUGUAAAGCUGUUAUUUUGGUGGAUAAAUAAUUGAUGAAGACUGUAACAGGCUGCAUACCGCGAGGAUCGCCUGAAUGGCACGAAGGAUAUUGAAGAUAGCGGUUGUGAGAAUAUGGCGCUGCUACGGAUGAUAGCAUCGAUAUUGAUGACAAUCAGAGACCUGUGCACCCAAAGUCCCAGUCCACGCAAGUUCCGUACGGAUCGCCAUCUCUGUAAGGCUGUAGGGUUUGAUUCAGGGUGCAAGUGGCUACGACUUCGACUUUUGCGAUUACGCACUGCAGUUCUCUAAAUGAUAGCUGUAGCCGUACAGAAUGCUCAUUGAGAAUACGGCUUGACAUCAUAGCAUGACCAUCGAGUCGAGGAUCGAGGGAAUGAAAGGUAUCAGUGCUGAUGAUCUGUUGUUUGUUGAGCCUAAAAAGAGUGGUAAUUGUUGAGAAUAAUUGGCCCAGCGUUUAAAAUGGGAAUCAAUAAGAUAUUAUGUGGCCAUGGCGUGAACGCCAAUAACGGCAGCACUUGAAAACGUCUAUGUGGGGAGUUUGUGUUGUGGUUAUUUCAUAAGAGCAUCGACUGAUAAAAAUUGUUCAUGAGAAUUCGUGAAUGGGAAACAGUGCAGUGAAUAAUUAUCCAAAGUUUGUACAAAGGGACAGAGCUUGCUUUGCCGUUCAGGGUAAAGCAAAUGCAACCCAUGGAUCCUACUAUUAAAGGGAAAGAAAAGUAAAAACUUUUAUGUGAAACAUACGGUAUAAAUGAAGUCAAGGAAAACAGUUAACACAAUGGCGGCGACUGAAAAUGAGACUCGUUUGAAGACCUUCGAAAGCUUAGUGAAGAAAUAACGGAUUCUGAAACAGUACUGCAGGAAGAGGGAGGUUGGUGGUUGUUGUGUUGGUUCUGGUGGUGAUUGGUGAGAUGGCUAUAUUGGAGAUAGUUAUAAUGGUGUUGAUGGGAAGACUAUCGAGAAGGGAUGGUGAUUGGGCAUUACUGAGAGAAGAUGGUGUAAACAAUGAACGGCAUGGUGCUUCUGGUGAAGGUGAUGUGAAUGGCUCCUUUGCACUGUGAUGAAUGUAUAUACUAAGUUGUGCUGACACCAAAUUAGUGACAAGAGGACCGUGCAGUUACAGCAAUGCUCUUUGAAGGCAAGAUUUUGUUCCGCGAUUCCUUGUUUAUUUUGAUGUUAUACAUUUCCCAGCAGCCUUUUCAAUCCACCAUCUUCGAUAUCAGGUCGUGUCCGAAACAGACAUUUUGCACAACUACAUAUAUAUGUACAUAAUUAUUCUGCAUGUACCAGCACGUCUAAAUGUGUGUAUAUUACCUAGAGGUGUUGCACUCAUUAAGCCCAAAGAGGCACGAUGCCUCCAAGAUGGCGGAGCACAAAGAAUUGAGGGAGAUAUGUGACGUAUACGGUGCAAAUAAUUCUUGUGCUGUUCGAUGCAGCAGUGACGGAGUUUUAGACAUGUGUUGUAAGAGAGAGUCAGUGACGAUAAAAAACAGCACCAGCGACCAUGUCGAAGUACACAUGGAAGCUGCUGGACAGUCAUUGAUAUCGAGAAAUAAAAGUAGCAAGUGUGCAAAACAAAUCAAGUCUACAAAUAAGGGUGGUGUUAUUAGGUAUUUUUGUACGAGUGAUUUUCCAAAAUUUAGGUGAAAAUAAAAGGUACUUCCUUUCAUAUAAUGUAAACAGGUGUUGUUUGAUGGGAGUUGUAGGUGAUUUUGAAAUCCUUUCCGAUUCUCUUAUACGAAUACUAUUUUUCUGUUAUUCAGUUUUAAUAUUCCACGUUGAAUCCAGAGAAAGCAUAAAAUGCAGUAUCUGUACAUCACUUGUGUGUCAAAAUUCUGUACACGCGUUGGCUUUAUAACGGCUAUGAUUGUUUAAAGGAGACCAUUGGGCAGGGCAGGGGCGUGGCCUGGAUGCUCCUUUACUGCGUCUGAUGCUUCCCAUCGAUGUUAAAAUAUGUAGGAAGCUCAUACAUCCUGGCCACGAGCUCUGAUGUACCCACCAUCUGUUUUAACGAAGCAAUGCCCCCAAACAAAGAAGUAUUUUGACGUCGUUUUCCUUUAGGCCUAUGUGACAGUAGUUACGUCGAUUAUUAGAAAUUCAUGUUUGACAGAAAUGUGCAUACAGUGACACUGACUUUUUGGGAUUGUUGGAAAUUACAAUAGUUUAUUGGUGUCGACACUUUUUUCCAAUAAAAUGGACUUUUUUAUAUUCAAACUAUGAAUUGUACAUGUGUCUUGAUUAAUGUCUUGAGUACUAUGAGCACGCCCCCUGUUGAUUUGAUAGGCCGUAUUGAAACAGGAAGGCGUGAACCAGUGCGUUGCACAAUGUCAUAAUUAUGCACAACCACGAGACGCGGCUAUUUAAAAUUAUGAUCGCCUGCUCGACCACACGCUGGAAAACGCGAAUUUUCAAUCCACAAAAUCGCACCAUCCUCUUGGCCAAGCUGAACGUCUGAAACGUGACAUUUAAAUUAUCGCCAUGGUGAAAUGACGUACACAAUGCCACUAGGCCUAUAUGUCUUAUAUAUUUGCUGUAUGUGGUCCUAUCCGGCGUCUUUAAAGUCAGUCUGAGAACAAACGCUGAGAUCCUUCUACCAACGCCUCGCAAAAGGAAGACAUGAAUCUUAUAAAAGUCUCACAGCUCAGAUCAAGGCCAGAAAUGUUAACUUAAUACAUUCGCAGGCAAAACCACAUCAAUAAAACGUACAAAAAAGAAUUUCCUCAAUAAUUCCCUACUUUGCGCUGAAGCAUAAAAUUGCAAUUUUAGCAGCGGCAAUGACAAGUCGAGGUAAUCUUAAACCUUUUCUGAACAAAAAGACACAAAAGUACUUUAGGAAAUCAAAAACACAAACAACAAAAGCUAGGUAUUGCUAUAUUGCCUGAUUUCAAUGUACAUGUGCAUGUACAAUAUUGCAAUGUACAAUUUGUAUACAAUCACAGAAUACUUAUA